AUGACCUGUUUCUUUUAUUACAAUUAUCCUAUGUCGAAGUUGCAUCGUGUUGUCAUCAUUUAUCUUUCUUGUCGCUGCCUUCUGCUAGUUUGUCUUUCACAUAAGCUUGUGCUCUUUCAAACAAAACCUUUGGAUCUUCAACUUUAUCUAUCAGGUCUUUUUUGGAGCUUUACCACUUUCCUCUCCUGGUUUCACACACAUUCCACUCAGGGUACCCUUGUAGUUUUGAGCUACAUAAACUCCAGUGUAAAGCCCCGCACCAAAUAUUAUCAACCCUUUAAUCAUGUUUAUUAUCAUGAGUCCACCUGUCUUUCACAGCAAUAA